AUGCGACUGCCAUCAAUCCUCCUCCUCCACCCAUCCCAGUCGCUACCGCCGUCGACUUCCCAAUCGAAGAAAGUUGCGCCAAAAGAGAAGAAAGACGCCGCCGUUCAUGGCCGCAACAAGAUUCCUUUCGGCGAAUACGUCCCGGCUCCAACUACAGUGGUAUUCAAUUCGCCGCCGUCUCUCCAACGAACCACAGUGUUGAGUAAAUCCACUAGAUCCAGACCCGGGCCUCUCCACUUCUCCGCCGGUGUGAUCUCGAUGCAAACUUCCCGCAGUCUCCGUUCCAUACGCCACAUCGGCAAUUAG